AUGUACGGCGGCACCGACCUGCUGCUCAUAAUUAGCCAGCGGCGCCCUGGCAAGCCAGGCCCGCGACCUGCCCUUGUUGGCCACUCCGGAGCUCUGCGCAGGAAAGAACGUAUGUACAUCGUCUCGGGCGCCAACGUCGGACUUGGCUUCGAGGCAGCCAAGCACCUGGCCCGUAUCGGGGUGCGGCGCGUCAUCCUGGGCGUGCGCGCACUCGUUAAGGGGCGCGCGGCCAAGCUGGCCAUCGAGAGGGCCGCGGGCACGGCGAGCACAAAUAAUAAGAGCAAUGUGUGGACGCUCGACCUGGCCCAGCCCGCCAGCGUGCGCGCGUUUGCGAGGCCUGACGUCCCCGAUCGGGUCAAGAACGAGACGGGGAUGCAGAAGCAUACCUGGGAGGUCAUUGCCAUGGAGCUGGAAGCCAUUGAGCCUGGCUGCGUGGGCAAGUUCUGCUCGGGACUUGAUUGA